AUGGCGAACGAGGAGCGGCCGUAUCAGCAAUCGCUGCCGUGGCGGGCGACGUCGUCCACUACACUGGGACUUGUUGGCUUUUUAUCGCGGACUUUUCUAUACGCGUUCAACAGGACCGAAGUACAGGGAGUGGAAAAGUUCAUGGGAUUAUUGGAUGAGCGGCGAGAUGAGAGGAGCAGAACUCGCGGACUUCUUACCGUAUCAAACCACACGAGCAUAGUCGACGACCCUCUAGUAUGGGGCGUAUUGCCACAUCGAUACUACUGGACAACCAGCAACAUGCGAUUCUCGUUGGGAAGUGCGGACAUCUGCUUCAAGAAUAUCCUUGCUGCUACAUUCUUCACUUUUGGCAAUACUCUUCCGGCUCAUCGAUCGGCUCAUUCGAAGUUCGGCGGACUCUUUCAACCAACCAUGACCCAGUGUAUACGACUGCUCAGCGAUCCACAUGCCGGAACCUAUGAACUUCACCCAGCAGAAGAUCGAUCACUGGAGAGCCUCCCUCGCUCAGAUCCAUUCUCCUCUGCCGAGCUCACAUACUCCACAACGGGCACAGACAGCAAUCCAGCACCAUCUGCCUACCCAAGCCGACGCUUCAGCUGGAUCCACAUCUUCCCCGAGGGCAUGAUCCAUCAGCAUCCUGACAAAGUUAUGCGCUACUUCAAAUGGGGCGUUGCGCGACUCAUCCUGGAGUCGGAGCCGUGUCCUGAUGUAGUCCCAAUGUGGAUCGACGGUCCACAGCACAUUAUGGAUAACGAACGAGGAUGGCCGAGAGCGAUACCGCGUGCGGGCAAGGACGUUAGCGUGACCUUUGGUGAUGUCGUCGAUUCUGAGAAGGUAUUCGAGCCGUUCAGGCAGAGAUGGCGAGCCAUGAAGGAAAAGGCAAAACGGAAACAGCUGCAGGACUCCGGAGAUCACAGCACCGUCGACACGAUAGACUCACUUGGGGUGGUGACUGAUGAGGAUCUCAAAUUCGGCAAAGAAGCUCAGCAGCUUCGUAUUGAUGUCACUAUGGCGGUUCGGAACGAGGUCCUCAAAGUACGACGAUCGACUGGACUCGCAGAUGAGGAUCCAAAACGAGGAUUGGCUGAUACAUGGCGUAAAGAAGGCAGUCUCGCACGAGAAGGCCUGAAGCAAGAUGGAAGCAGCAUCAAAGAUACUUGA